AUGUCAUCCGCAACGGUCGGGUCCGGUCUGUUUAAUGUGGGAGGGACGGGAGCGGGAGGGAUAAUAGCAGGAGGACCCGGUGUCGGCGGGGUGUCAUCCAUCUCCACCGCGACCCCUCCUUCGAACAACACUCUGGGUGGUCGUGCUGUGUUUCAGAGUUUCCACCAACACGAGUUUGAAUCCCAACAGCUACAGCAACAUCAACAGGACCAAAUUGAGCACGAUAGGGAACAGCAAAAGAAGAAUGCUCGAUCUGCGAUCCAGAGUGUCUCUGUCUUUUUACCCCCUGCUCUCAACCAGUCCCUGACCAAGGUCGUUCAAUCGGCCAAGGACGCAGUCUCGCCCUCAUCUCCCCACAGCAAAACCUCGCUUCCCUUUGGGCGUCAUGCUGGCACGUCGUCCUCGUCGGGGUUCUCGGACAUGGGCGUAGGCAUGGGCAGUCUGGGUGGAAUGAACAUGGGCAUGGGUGGAGGUGGAGUGCCUGUCAGCAGUGCCUAUGCCCCGCGGUCGACCGCAACCUCGUUGAGACAGCGACUCAGCCCGGGCUCGUUGAUGCUGGUCCUCAAGUUGCCUUUGAUCUGCCUCUCCUGGUACAUGUCUUCAGCAGUGACCAACAACAUUGGCAAGCAGAUCAUGAACCAGUUCCGCUACCCCGUCACCCUGACAUUUGUCCAGUUCUGGUUCGUCUCGAUCUUUUGUUACAUCGCUGCCGCUGGAUUCGGUAUGACAAGGCUUCGAGCCCCUACGAGAGGCAUUAUUGAGAUGACGGCCCCCCUUGUUGGAUUUCAGGUUGUUGGACAUGUCUUUUCCAGUGUCGCCAUCAGUCGCGUUCCCCUGAGUGUCGUCCACACUGUCAAGGCAUUGACCCCACUGUUUACUGUUCUGUUCUACCGAGUUGUCCUCGGGACGACCUACAGCAAGGCAACCUACCUAUCGCUUGUGCCCCUGACAGCGGGAGUGAUGUUGGCCUGCCGCAUGUCUCUCGAGUUCAAUAACCUGGUCGGAUUGACCUCAGCCCUUCUGUCGACGUUGGUCUUUGUGAUGCAGAAUGUGUUUACGAAAAAGAUUCUCUCGGGCAACAAGGGCAAACAGGCGCAGUCUGAGGAGCAUGGAAUGGGAGGAUUGGGCAACAAGGAAUCGAUCUCAACCCCUGGAUCGGACCCUAUCGACGCAGCGUUGGGAGGACAUCAUGGCUCGAGCCAAAAGCUGGACAAGAUCAACAUAUUGUUUUACUCAGCAACCAUGGCGGCUUUCUGUAUGAUCCCGAUGUGGCUCUACACCGAGGGCUGGCACCUGAUGUUCUCGGAGGAUCCGUUGGGUCAUGAGUCAGGAUCGACGGGUACUUGGACCGGGAUCAGCUGGUUGCUCUUCCUCAACGGCGUGUCGCACUUUUUCCAAAACUUUUUAGCCUUCUCGGUGUUGGCUUUGACGUCUCCGGUCACUUACUCGAUUGCGUCGUUGAUCAAGCGGAUUGUGGUGAUUGUGGCGAGCAUUAUCUAUUUCCACCAAACGUUGGGAACGACGCAGUGGACAGGAGUCUGUAUGACGUUCUGGGGGCUGUGGAUGUACAACUCUGCCAAGAAUGCGGCCAAGGUCAACCCUGCGAGUAGUAUUUUGGCGAGUACCAAGGUUGGAAGGCGGAUGUCGCGACGAUUUGGGAAGGGACUUUUGGAUCCUGAGGUUGUUGGCGAUGGACCUAACCCGCGGAGCAAAGUUGGCUUCAUGGUCUAG